AUGCUCAAUAUGUCCAACAUUAUGAGCAACCGCAACAGCACGCCCGAGGCGUCCAACGUCUCAUCGCUGCGCCCCCCUUCUUCGAGGGCCGUUGGCGCGAACCCCCACCCUCUUCGUGCCUCUGCCGAUAUCUCUACUCUGAGCAACCAGGCCGCCGCCGCCCGCAUCCGCCCCUCGUCGGACUUUUAUGGUCAGGUUCAGGGCGGACAGGGCCAAGGUGCUGCUGAGUUGGAUCCCCAGGAUAAGCUUACCCAGCAAUGGAUUGCCGAUAUCGACCAGUAUGAGAACACUCUCGAGGAGAUGGCUGCUGCCACCUUGGACCAGGACUUCAAGGAUGAGCUCAGCGCCAUUGAACAGUGGUUCCAGGUCCUGAGCGAGGCUGAGCGUACUGCGGCUCUCUACGCCCUCCUUCAGCAAACCACCCAGGUUCAAAUUCGCUUCUUUAUCCAGGUAUUGCAGCAGAUGGGAAAGAACCACCCCAUGUCGGGCGUUCUUUCCCCCGCCAACUUUGACAAAGAUCCCAUGUCCAACCGCUUGAGCGAUGCUAUGAGCAAGCUCAAUGUAGACUCGGCUCGCAACUCGAUGGCCCGCGCGAGCCCCGCUGCGAAGCGUCAGUCUGGUCUCGACCCCAGCACGAUCAAUGCCAUGUUUCCCGAUGCCGCCGCCGCCAUUGCGACUGAGAAGGCCAAGUUCACUCAGCAGACGGGCCAGCCCCCCUCCACCCGCAACAGCCUUGUGGACAACCGCAAUUCGCUUGCGGCCCCCACCAUCUCGGCCCCCGCCGAGGACCCCAACGGACAGAAUCCUGCUUCUCCUUGGGGUCCCAACGAUGCGAACCGGCCCAAAUCGUCUUCUGCUGGGCAGCCGCCGAUGGGCCAGUUCGUUCAGCCCCCUCCCUCGAGCGGUGCUCUUCGUUCACCUCGCCCCAAUAUCACUGGAAACACCAACAUUCAGUCUACCACCUUGACGACCGGUGACAAGGGUGUUGGUGAUUUGCCCCUGCUUUCUCCUUAUACCGCCAGCGGCAACUGGGCGUCCAUGGUCAACACUCCGAUGGUGCCCACCUUCAAUCAGGGCGGUAACAACGCCGAUAUGGUGGCCAACGCCACAGCCAUGAAGCUGGCUGCGCUUUCUACCGUGAACAACCGGUUCGCGCUGGAUGAUGUGCGCAAGUAUCGUCGUGCCCGAUCCAAUGAUCCGGAUCCGGGCCAGAACCCGCUUUCUCCUGGUCUUCCCAGCAUCCCCGGUGCCAUCAUGGUCAGCCAGCAUGGCGGUGGCAUGGCUUUGGGCCGGGAUGGUAUGUUGAACCUUCAGCAGCCGCAACAGGGCAUGGGCUUUGUCAACCACCGGUCUCGUCCCAACUCGCCCGGCGUUCCCCUGCAGAACUCGUAUGUUCCGGCCAUGGCAUUUGCCUCGCCGCAGAACAAUGGAUUCUUGAGCGCCUAUGAUGGGUCGGCUGGGCUUAUGAACAAUGGACUGGCUCCAAACUUCCCACCCCACAUUCAGGUCGGAUUUGAGGGCGGCGGUUACCACUCUGAUCACUCUGAUAUGGUCCGCGGCCGCUCUCCGCGUGGUCGGAGAGGCACCUCGAAGCCCCCUGAGGAUCCCACCGACCCCACUCUUUUGCAGGACAUCCCGAGCUGGCUACGGAGCCUUCGUCUGCACAAGUACACGGAUAACCUCAAGGACAUGAAAUGGACAGACCUUAUUGAAUUGGACGACAAGCAACUGGAGGAGCGCGGCGUCAAUGCACUGGGUGCUAGACGCAAGAUGCUCAAGGUCUUUGAGCAGGUCAAGGAGGCCAAAAACGAGGGCAAGUUGUCGAGCUAG